CCAGGGCACAAAAAUCCCAAAUAGUUCUCAGUUUGCAUUGCGGCGCCCAAGCAAGCACAACAAGCGCGCUCCUUCUAUUUAUAUAUACAUAGAGAACUAUAACUAUAUAGAAAAUCUAUUUUGGUUUUUUUCGACAAUAUAUAUGCAAAACAGAGUAAAACAAAAAAUCAUACAGAAAAUAGUCAUAAAAAAAUAUUCGGUUAAUAAUUUAAAUAAAUAAUAAUUAAACAAUUGAAAAGUUGAAAACAAUUAUUAAAUGCUUAUUCAAGUGAUGUAACCGAUUCUGAUUAAUUAAAAUUAAGAGAGACUGCGAAUAGAUUGAAGAAGCAGCAGCAGCAGCGGAUUCAGUUGAGCAACUGCGUCGCAGUUUGUUUACAAGAACGCCACAAGAAAUGUCGAAAAAGUGCAGCGUGCGCUCCUUGAGCGAUAGCUCGUUGGCGGAGCUGGCCAAUCUGCUGGUGUCCACCAUUAGCUAUGUGCAAUAUGCGCCCGAUGUCCAUUUGGAUAUUAAUAUUGUGAUGGUUGAGUUGAAUGAGUAUUUGUCCCAGGCGGGCGCCACAUCGAAUAUCUAUCAGGAUCUGUUGCGUGUGAUCCUCAGCUCGGAUUAUCUGGAGGCGAAUAUGCGUUUCACCUGCCUGCAAAUGUUGCUCAAUUGUGGCGUUCAUUUCCUCCUCACCGAAGUCUUUCCGCCCAGCUACUAUGAGAAGAUACUGCAGGUGAUUGCCGCACAAGGUGCCGGCUUGCGUGUCCUAAAUCUGAAGGGAAUUUGGGUCAAAGAAGAUCACAUGCACUACAUGUAUGAGAUUGUGAGGCGUUGCAAACAGUUGGUCAAGCUUUAUGUCCCAUAUAUAGCAAACGAUCAGCUACUGGAGGAGAUUGCCAUCAAUUGUCAGCAUCUACAAAUUCUGGAUAUAUCGGGUGAGACGGAUAUCACUGAGAUUGGCAUCGAUCUGCUGGCCAAGGGUGUGUGUGCACAAUCCCUCACCGUUGUGGAUGUGGGCAUGCCCGGCGAGGAGAAUAUAUGUUACUCCGACAUAGCGCUAAUCUUGGAGAACUGUCAGCGUGUGGAAACAUUGUCCACCUACUCGUUUGUGGGCGCCGCUUUAAAAUUCAUCUACGACAACAUUGACACCAAUUUCAAGUGCCGUCUAAAAUAUAUCCAUGAUACGGCCACCGAUGAGCCCACGCUACAGGUGAUCCUCCAGACCUGUCCACAACUGGAGACCCUCUAUCUGGACUCACCCAAGCUGGGUUCACUGCGAGCUUUGCACACGCGCACUUUGCGCAAAUUGAAGAUUUGUAAAUUUGCUGUUGCCGAGCUGCUGGCGCUGCUAGAGCGUCCAAUGGGCCGGAAUCUGCGACAUCUGACCAUGAUCAAGGGCACUGGCAAUCUGGAGCUGGGCAAGCUGGCCCGCCUCUGCCCCUCGCUCAUCGAUCUCGACUGCUAUGUACUGGAGAGUCUCAGCUAUGCACAGUCGCAGGCUCGCUUCCAGCAGCUGGAAGGUCUCGAGAUACUCAGCUGCGAUAUAUUGACCAGCUCCUUGAAGGCGUUCCUCUGCAAUGCGACGGACCUGAAGCGACUGGCGGUCGAUUCUGUCGAUUUUACAGAUGCGGAUAUAGUCAGCAUGUUUGUGCAGCACGAUUUCAAAGUGCUGGAGGAUAUUUGGUUUACGCUGGCGCCAGAGCUCACUGUACAGGCCGUGGAGCUUCUUAUGGACAGCUGCCCGGAGCUGCAGUCUGUGGGUCAAUUGACGGGUUGGUCCUUGUCACCGGAUGAUUUGGCGCUGAUCCGUGGACUGCUGAAAAGUGGCAACUCAAGCCUUGUACUGACUUCAAAUGCGCCUGCAAUAGAUGCCAACUGGAUGGUAACGCCGGUGGCGCAACAGCGACGCAGCGUGGAGCAAACAUUUCUAUAAUAUUACUUAUAAAAAUACUUAUAGCUUGUGCUUUGUGAUAUUUAUGAAAUAAAAACUU